UUAAGUGUUUUUAGAGAAACACUAACUCCCAAUCUUUUGUUUCCUCACAGCAUCGCCUCCUCUUUCUCUCUAGCCUUAACCUAACAAUGUCACUCUCAAUAACAAAGUUAAGGUUCUGUAUUUCUUUUUCCAUUUCCAAGUUCUCUCCUUUUCUUCCAAACCCUUCUUCUAUCUCUUCCUUUCGCUUACACUAUCACUCUCAGCCUCCUUCAGUUGAUGUUCACGAAGUCGUCUCCCAAUUUCAUCGCAUGUUUCAUAUGCGCCCUAUUCCUCCCAUUAACCAAUUUCAGCAGAUCUUGGGAUCUCUUACAAAGAUGAAACACUAUUCUACAACUAUUUUCCUUUUUAAGCAAAUGGAGCUCAAAGGAAUUCAGGGUAAUCUUGUCAUUCUCAACAUCGUCAUCAAUUGUUUGUGCCACUUAAGCCAAAUGCCAUUCUCUUUCUCUAUUCUUGCCAAGAUUCUCAAACUGGGUUAUCAUCCAAGUGUCAUAACCUUAACUACCCUCAUGAAAGGUCUCUGUCUUAACAGUGAGGUCAAGAAAGCACUAACCUUUCAUGACAAGGCAGUAACACAAGGAUUUCGAUUUGACCGCGUUAGUUACGGGACUUUGAUCAAUGGCUUGUGCAAGGUAGGAGAAACCGAAGCUGCCAUCAAGUUGCUCAGAAUAAUAGAAGGAGGAUUAUGUAAGUCUAAUGUUGUAAUGUACAUUGACUCUCUAUUCAAAGAUAAUCUUGCAAAAGAGGCUUAUGAUUUGGUUAUUAAAAUGAUAUCAAAUAACAUCAUGCCUAACGCUUAUAUCUAUACUAUAAUGAUUGAUGCUUUAUGUAAGGAAGGAAAGAUAAAAGAAGCUAAGAAUGUGUUAGGUGUGAUGGUGAAAGCUUGUGUGAAACCUACUAGUGUUACACUUAACAUUUUAAUAGAUUGGUAUUCCUUAGUUAACGAGAUGAAAAGUGCUAAACACAUAUUUAAUGUUAUGACCCAAAUUGGAGUAACUCAUCAGGUUCGCAGCUACAAUAUCAUGAUUAAUGGAUUAUUGAAGAGUAAAAGAGAGGAUGAGGCCAUGAAUAUCUUUCAGGAAAUGCAUAAAAGGAACAUGGUUCCUAACACAGUGACUUACACUACUCUUAUAGAUGGUUUAUGCAAAUCUGGGAAAAUAAGUUAUGUUUGGGAUCUUAUUGAUGAGAUGCAUGAUAGAAAUCAACAACCAGAUGUAAUCACUUACAAUUGCUUGAUACAUGCUUUGUCCAAAAACUAUCAUCUAGACAAGGCAUUUGAAUUAUUCAAGACAAUGAUGGAAAAGGGAAUUCAGCCGAGUAUGUACACCUGGAAUAUACUUAUUGAUGGAAUGUGCAAAGGGGGAAGACUUGAGGAGGCACAAGAGACCUUUCAAGAUCUUUUAAUUAAAGGGUACCGUUUAAAUGUAUUUUGUUAUAGUACUAUGAUCAAUGGUCUUUGUAAAAAGGGUUUGAUUGAUGAGGCAUUAACCUUAUGGUCCACAAUGAAAGAAAAUGGUUGCUUACCUGAUGCAGUAACUUUCGAAAUAAUGAUUAGGGCCCUCUUUGAAAAGGAUGAGAUUGAUAAGGCAGAGACAUUUGUUCGUGAAAUGAUAUUUAGAGGCUUGUUGACAUGAUGAAAGUGAAACUAUAACGGUCACCUGAUAGAUCCUGGGAGACUGGGACUUCAUCAGAAGUGUGAAAUUGUCUGCUAUGUUACUGUCCCAUGUAUAUUCUAGAUAUGUUUUUUUUAUGCUUCUUGCAUCUAUGGUUUACAUCUAUUAUGAUUGCCUAUAUGUUGCUGUCUUGUAUAACUCAUUGUGUUUUAUGACUUCAAUUCACAUGGUGUGAAUAAACAUAGUCAAAUCUGUUGCAGAGACU